UCUAAACACUGCAGACAACAUGGCGGCCACCAUCAGGACACUAUGCUGUUCGGUGUUGAGAAACCACGGCAGGCAGUUCAGCACCACAUGUGGCGUUCAGGGUGGAGAGAAAUGGAGAAAAGAACAUGGACUUGCUCGAAGCGGCACAGAGUAUGGACCUCUCACUGAUCUGCCCGACUGGUCGUUUGCAGAUGGAAGACCAGCUCCCCCGCUGAAAGGCCAGCUGAGAAGACAACAAGGGAGAGAAGAUUUAGCUAGACGUAUCGUGAUGCUGAGCACAGAGAUGGACAGAGGAGUCGAGGUGUGGAAGGAGAAAGAGGAGGAGGCCAAAAGAAUGGAGGAGCACAGAAAGUCUCUUUUAUUCAAACCUAAAGGGAAACUCUUAUUGAAGAAGAAAUCUCAAAGUUAAAAUCCAAUUGUCGCCACAGCCAUUUGUUAAUAUUCCUGAAUCCCUGAAAUAAAUUUGUAUUGUAUGUGUA